CUUCCACUUGUCGCCUUCUCCUUCCUCCCGCCGGAGACCAGAGCUCUGCUGAACUAGAAACGACACCUCUCUCUCUCUCUCUAACCUUUCUCUUCCGUCUCCAUUCCGAUUUCCACGCCACCAAAAUAUCCCAAUUAAUUUUCCCCCGUAUUUAUUAUUAAGGUAAGCGGUGUUUUUUUUCUACCUUUUCCCUCUGGUUUUCCCCUCCUUUUCGCUCCAGUUUACCUCCUUCGUCCUCUCUGUAUUUAAGAUUUUAUUUUAGGAAAUGGAUAUUGAGUGAUUUACAUCUUCUUUUAUUAGUUUUUUAAUAGGAAUAAUUACUAUUCUGGGUUUUUUUUGUUUUUGGUCUGGGAUGGUGGUCUUGCCUGCUGCUUCUCGAUCUUGCAGUGGGGGUUGAUUUUCCCGAUUUCUGGGGGGAGAUUUGGAGCUUAGGGUUUGAUCCGAGUCGAAACUUUUCGUUUCCCCUUUUUGGGUUGUGAAGAAGUUUCCGACUUUUUCGGUUUUGGAUUGGUGAAUAUUGGAAUCCAGUUGGGGGUAAAUGGGUCUGGAGAUGGAUCAUGGGAUGAAUUCUCAGCUGUUGGCUCGUUAUUUUGAGCGGGUGUUUGAGAUUUUGGGAGUUUUCUGUGCUACCGGGAAAUGGGUUGGUGUUGGAUAAGUUCAUCUUGAUUCUGCUCUUCUUCCCUCUUUCUAUCGGAUCUGAGACAUAAGGAAGGUUUAGCAUAGAAAAAGGUCGUUACUUGAGUCUCUAUGAUCUAAUUUGUGCUAUAUGUUUUCGACCGUAUGCUUGGACGAGGCCAAACAACAAGACAAACUAUGUCCUUUGAUCUACUGCUGAAACAGGGUUCCUGGGUAGUGUUAUUGCAAUUUGAAAGGUCUCUAGCUAAAAAGGACUGGGAGAUUCCAUUCUAUACACUUCAUUGGAGUAACUUGAAGGCCUUUUCGGGAAAUGGGAUCGCAUUUCAACUUCAGUAACUUUGGUAACACUUCAUUUGGUGACGGUACAGGAGCCAAGCCACCGCCGGUUGUCAGCUCUCCGCUGGUCCGUCAGUCUUCAGUAUAUUCUCUCACCUUCGAUGAGCUUCAGAACACCUGGGGUGGAAGCUUAGGGAAAGAUUUCGGCUCAAUGAACAUGGACGAGUUGCUCAAGAACAUAUGCUCGGCUGAAGAACCUGGCAUGCAAGCUGGUGCUUCAGGUGGGAAUCUUCAGAGACAAGGUUCCUUGACUUUGCCUAGGACACUAAGCCAGAAAACUGUGGAUGAAGUUUGGAAAGAUUUCAUAAAAGAGAAUACAAUAGCUGCCAAGGACGUGGCUCCACCUGAUCCACCUCAGAGGCAACGAACACUAGGAGAGAUGACACUGGAGGAGUUCCUGUCGAGAGCAGGUGUAGUUAGAGAGGAUACCAACAAGCCAAUGGGAAGGCAGAAUAACAAUGUGGGAUUCUUUGGCGAACUAGGUCAACUGAAUAAUAACAACAGCAGCAGUUUGGCACUUGGAUUCCAACAACAACCAAAUCAAGCCUCGAGCUUGGGGAUGAAUGUUGGAGGAAUCAGACCCACCCAGCAUCAUCAGCAGCAGCCAGCUCAGCAGUUGCAUCAUCAACCUAGGAGUCAGCACCAGCAGCCAGCUCAGCAGUUGCAUCAUCAACCUAGGAGUCAGCACCAGCAGCCAGCCCCGCUCUUUCCCAAGCCAGCUACAGUGGCAUUUGCAUCUCCUAUGCACAUGGUGAAUGGUGGUGCGCAGCUGCCGAGUCAAGGGGUGAGGAGCUCUGGUGUUGUUGGCUUGGGAGAUUUGUCGACGGGUAUAAACAAUAGCAAUUUAGGUCGUGUGGGUGGUUUAGGAACUGGAGGUGUUACAGUUGCAACAGCUUCUCCUGCUAGCCAGAUGUCACCUGAUGUGCUUUCGAGGAGUGAUGCCGAUACUUCAUCUGUAUCGCCAGUUCCGUAUGUGUUUACUCGGGGUAGAAAACCUAAUUCGGCUUUGGAGAAGGUUGUUGAGAGAAGGCAGAGAAGGAUGAUUAAGAAUAGGGAGUCUGCUGCACGAUCUCGAGCUCGUAAGCAGGCAUAUACGCUGGAACUGGAAGCUGAGGUGGCGAAACUCAAGGAGUUGAAUGAAGAGCUGGAAAUAAAACAGGCUGAAAUAAUGCAGAUGCAGAAGAAUCAGUUCUUGGAGAAAAUGAAUCAUCCAUGGGGAGGGAAAAGGCUGUGCUUGAGGAGAACACUGACAGGGCCUUGGUAGGAUCAGCACAUUUUCGAAGAAGUACUACCUUUGAGAGAAGUUUCGACCUUUGGGCAUAUGCUUAUAUGAAUACUUACUGAAACUAUAUAGGGUAGAUAGCUAUCGUUGUUUGUAGAUAGCAGAUGAUGUGAGUUUUGCCCUGUAAAUUAUAUACAAUGGCGCUUAUGCUGUCCUCGUGGAGUUUAGGAACAGUGAAUUCAUAUUAUUAACUAGAAAACAAUGCAAAGCUACGGUCACUCUUAUAAUUUAGCAGACAGAGUUCAUGAAGAACGGAUAGGGAGGAGCAAACUGCUCCGUAAAUUCUUCCUCCAUCUUGCUCCUGCAGUAGCUUCUUUAGAACCUUUGAUUUCUGAAGGCGAUCUGAUCCAGCCCUUCCAACCUGAAAUUUUGUAGAAAGGAAACUUCUGAAGAAUUGUAUCCAGUCUAGUCCUUGGUCCCUAGUACCGGAUAAAAUCAUUGCAACAUGCUUACCGGGAGAACUAUAAGAUCAUAGUCAAAUCUAGCAGCAUCGCCUAUGAACUUGUCUGCAAC